AUGACCACCCAGACAAAGAAUUCACAGCUUCACUACUACGCAACAUCUCAGAAGGUGCAAAUCUUGGCUUUAAAGGACACCAGCAUUGUAGAACUACACGCAAAAUCAGCUCUCGCAAACCCUGACGCCAUCACUAAAUCUAUUCUGAAGGAGGUCAAGCUUGGACACACCAUCGGGCCAUUCACCUCACCACCGCUGCCAAAUUUUGUCGUCAACUCGCUUGGUCUUCGUCCAAAAAAGACUGGUGGUCAUCGUCUGAUCCUGGACCUAUCUCAACCCACAUCCGACAGCGUCAACCACCACAUAAAUAAAGAAGACUAUACACAACGUUACUCCCGCGUUGACGAUGCCAUCGCACUAAUUCAGAAAUGCGGUCAAAGUUCACUACUAGCAAAAAUCGAUAUCCAACAUGCCUUUCGGCUCUGUUCUGUGAGAAAAGAUGACUGGAAUCUCCUCGGUUUCAAGUGGCUUGGAUGUUACUUUUUCGACAGAGUCCUCCCGUUCGGCCUCAGAUCAGCUCCGUACCUUUUCAACCAGCUAGACGAAGCAAUUCACUGGAUCAUCACCCAACGAGCAAACACACAAAACCUCAUUCACUACCUGGACGACUAUUUAGCCGUUGCCCCCCCCCCCAACUCACAGGCAUGCCUACACAUCAUGAACACCAUGCUAUCUGUGUGCAAAGAACUAGGCGUUCCUAUCGCCAAGGAAAAGGUGGAAGGCCCCUCAUCUACGCUCACAUUUCUCGGGAUUGAACUAGACACUGUCAAAAUGGUCAUCAGACUACCAGACGACAAGUUGAACGACCUACUACAAGUACUCCCCACUUGGCUUCAUAAAACCUCUAGCACGAAACAAGAGCUCUUGUCACUGAUUGGCACGUUAAGCUUUGCUUAUUUGCUUGUGCGUAUUUUCCUUCGCCGCAUGAUCAACCUCAGCACAUCUGUCACCAAUAUCAACAGCAUCGUUGCAUUGACUGAAAACUUCAGACUUGAUGUUCAGUGGUGGUGUGAUUUCCUACCAUCCUGGAGUGGUUCCGCAUCAUUCUUAGUGUCCAACUGGUCACCUGCUACAAAGCUCGAACUCUUCACAGACGCAUCAGGUUCUUUUGGUUGCGGCGGCUUCUACAUUGGCCAUUGGUUUACCAUACCAUGGCCAGCAUAUUUUCCAACAUCCAUUGAAUGGAAGGAAAUGUAUCCUAUUCUCAUCGCUUGUUCAAUUUGGGGACAUUCCUGGCACGCUCAACGCAUACUGUUCCACUGUGACAAUGAAGCCGUCGUUAACAUCUGGAAGAAAGGAUCAACACGAUGUUCAAAUAUCAUGGGCCUUGUCCAGGCAAUCUUCUUCGUUGCUGCAAAAGGGAACUUUCAUGUUAUGAUCGCCCAUAUUAAUGGCGUCAAUAACUCUAUUGCCGAUUCACUUUCUCGUUCACAGAUGCAACGCUUCAAGCAACUGGUUCCAACAGCCGACCACGCCGCUACUCCAAUUCCACUCGAUCUACUCCCAGAGCGCAUCAUAUCUCAGAACUACCAGCCGCACACCGAAGUACACAAGCCCUAG